CAUGCCUUUGAAGAAUGAUCGAAAAGAGAGAAGAAAAAAAAGUAUAGAUGUGAGCAAGCACUGCAAUGGAGCAAAGUCCAGUAUGGCGAUAAAACGUAAAAAAGUGAUUUGUGAUAUAUUAAUAAAUAAAAAAUAUUUUCUUUUUGGUUAUGGCGUGGGAAGAGAAGAAUUUAAAGAAAAAAUGAUUUUGUCAAUAAAGGAGAAAAAAAAGAGAGAAACACGAGUGAAGAAAGAAUGAGAUUUUGC